GUGGCCUGCGUUGCUGGAAUAGUAGUUUCGGUAUUCGGGAUACCAUACUCGCCUUUAGCUGUGUAUCUUUAUGGCGGACAACUUCUAUAUGAUAAUGGAGGCGCGGUAUUGUUGUCACUCUAUUGCGUAUAUUUGUCCAUAUUAGCCGUCAAUGGUAUCACCGAAUGUUUCGCGAUGGCAACGAUGAGCAAUUCUCAGGUACAUUAG